AUCCAUCGAGUGGAUGCACCUAAUCGCAACGCGGCCAAUUCACACAUAGCUCGUCGCAAAGCCCAUUGCGCCUGUACGGACCGAGGACUCCCCCUGUAAGGGUCAGGAGCGAAAGGGAAAAACAUUAAGGGCUUCCUUGAUCUCUGUAUGCGAAGAUCACUGACUAAACAACACAAAACCCUACCCCAAGGAAGAAGACGACGAGGAAACAACGCAGCUUAAUAGGAAAGUUUUUCUCAUCUCCUUUUGUUUCUUUUAUUGCUUUUUUUUGCCAUUUCUCGUUUGGGAUACACAACAAAACAAGAAAGAAAAUUAAAACCGGAAAAAAAAAAAAAGGAAAAAGGAAAAGGUCCUCCUUUCUUCUCCUCUGAGAUUCGAUUUCGAUACCAAGUUAGGGUUAGGGUUUGUAGCUUGGGAAGGGGAGUGGUAGGGCAAGCAAUGAGUCGACCGAGUACGCGCAGCAGCAAGAAUAAAAGACAUCGGGCGGACGACAAUGCUGCAACUACUUGCCAAAUAUACAGGAAAAUUCAUUCGACGGGGGAGGUGACCAAGGACGAUGCGAAUCAGUUGUAUAUGAUUUGGAAGCCUGUUUGUCAAGGUUGUCGAGUGAAUACAAAAGAUAACCCCAACUGUUUUUGUGGUCUCAUUCCGCCUCCCAAUGGAAGCCGAAAGUCCGGGUUAUGGCAGAAAAUGUCUGACGUUGUUCUGGCUCUCGGUCCUGAUCCUUUCAAGGAUCUCCGAGCUUCGUCGGAGUAUUCCCCCGCGGGCCUCACCAAUCUUGGCGCCACUUGCUACGCCAACAGCAUUCUCCAAUGCCUGUACAUGAACAAGACUUUCAGACGAGGUCUUUUCUCUGUUGAACCGGGUCUUUUGAAACAAUAUCCAGUUCUUGAUCAACUUGCCAGGCUUUUUGCACAGCUGCACGCCAGUAAACUGGCUUUUAUAGACUCUGCUCCCUUUAUUAAAACGCUAGAGUUAGAUAAUGGCGUUCAACAGGAUAGCCAUGAGUUUCUUACCUUACUUCUUUCUUUGCUUGAGCGAUGUCUCAGCCAUUCUCAAGUUUCAAGAGCCAGAACCAUUGUUCAGGACCUUUUCCGAGGAAGUGUGUCGCAUGUCACCACGUGCUCAAAAUGCGGAAAAGAUUCUGAAGCUUCCUCGAAUAUGGAAGAUUUUUAUGAACUGGAGUUGAAUGUCAAGGGUUUGAAAAGUUUAGACGAGAGUUUAAAUGAUUACCUUAGUGUGGAAGAGCUUCAUGGAGAUAACCAAUAUUUUUGUGAGUCAUGUGGAACAAGAGUCGACGCCACCCGUAGCAUUAAGUUACGCACACUGCCUUAUGUCCUUAAUUUCCAGCUCAAGCGCUGUGUUUUCCUUCCAAAGACUACAACAAAGAAGAAAAUCACUUCUGCAUUCUGUUUUCCUGGAGAAUUGGAUAUGAGAGAGAGGCUGUCUGAACCUUCUGAUUUGGAACUAAUAUAUGACUUGUCAGCUGUGCUGAUUCACAAGGGGACUACUGUGAACAGUGGCCAUUACAUAGCUCAUAUUAAGGAUGAGAAUACAGGGCAAUGGUGGGAAUUUGAUGAUGAGCAUGUCUCAAACCUGGGUCAUCACCCAUUUGGAGAGGGGUCUUCAAGUUCUGCUGCUAAACCUGUUCAAACUGAGCCAUCUGUUCAUCUGUCUUCCACUGAACCGAUGAAUGGUGUCAUGAAUGGAAAUCAUAUAAAUAUUGGUCAGCUACAAUCUUCAGAAUGUAGUAUUGUUAGUGGUUCACAGACAUACUCAUCUGGUGAUGCAUACAUGUUGAUGUAUAAUCUUAGGCGUACCACCAAGAGUGGUGAAGUUAGACAAACUGUAUCUGGUGCCAACCAUAUGGAAAUAGAAGGAGAUAUAAUUUAUUCAGACAAUGAUGCUGCUCUUCCAGCUCAUCUUUAUGAAGAGAUAAAAGAACUAAAUGCCUCGUAUCUUGAUGCUUGUCAACAGUACAAAUCAAAGAAGGAAAGAGAGUUGGAUUGUAUCACAGAACGGAGACAGGAAGUGCGAUCGGUUCUUUCUGAAGGCCCUGUUCUAUCACUUGAGGAUCCAUAUUUUUGGAUUUCUACAGACUGGCUUCGCCUAUGGGCUGACAACAUCACUCCACCUGUUCUUGACAACACCCCGAUCCAGUGCUUGCAUGGAAAAGUCCCAGUAUCAAAAGUUGGUUCCAUGAAGCGCUUGUCAUCUAAAGCUUGGAACAUGUUGUUCUCUAAGUAUGGAGGGGGACCUGCACUGUCAAAUGAUGACUACUGCAUCAAUUGCCUUGUGGAAGGGGCAAGCACUAUGGUUUCUGCUGAUAACUAUAGGGAUCGGCGAAAAGUAAUGAAAGAACUUGCUGAUGCAGUACACUCAGGGAAGUGUCUAGAUGGAAAUUUGUACUAUGUUUCAAAAUCAUGGUUCCAACAGUGGGCACGCAGAAAAAUCAUUGACUCACCAUGCGAUGCUGAUGCAGGACCAACAGCUUCAAUUAGAUGCCCUCAUGGGAAACUUAUGCCUGAGCAAGCUCCUGGUGCUAAGCGUUUGCUGGUUCCUGAAAAUCUCUGGCUCUUCUUCUGUGAAAGUGCUAACACAGUCAAACCUGAUGAUACCUUGGGCUGUUCAGUUUUUCCUUCAGAUGUGGAACCAUGUGCUACAUGCAGUAUGGAGCUUACGGAAGUGGCAAGCAUAGAAGAUACACUAAGAGAAUUCAAGCUCAAACAGCGUCAGAAUCAUGAAAAAAUAGCACUGGGAAAAGGUUUUGCACUUUCUUCACAUUGCAAGUAUUAUUUGCUGCCCUCUUCAUGGCUGUCAACAUGGAGAAGCUACAUCAAUGCAAAUGGAAAGAAUGUUUCAUCAUCAGUGCAACCUGAAAUGUUAGAUAGUGUCAUUGAUAUGAUGAAAUGUGGAAAACAUUCAAGGCUUCUGGAAAGACCUCUUGAACUGAUUUGCAAACGUGGCACGAUUUUCCAAAGGUUUUCUGCUACAGAUGGGUUAACAAUCAUAACUAAGGAUGAUUGGAAAUUCUUCUGUGAGGAGUGGGGCUGUACUGAAGAGAAGGGCAUCUCUGCUGAAAUUGAGUUCAGUAACUGUGUGGCAAAUAAUUUAGCUGGGUCCUGCGAAGAAAUGCCAAUUAUUGAGGAGCAUAUGAGUCCUCAUGAUGAAGUGAAUGAGGAAAUUGAGUCUAGACAACCUGUGAUUAAGACUUCUCCUGAGGUAUGUGAGGUUUGCAUUGGAGAAAGAGAAAGCUGUGAGUUAAUGCAAAAACUUAACUAUUGCAACGAGGAUAUACGUGUCUGCUUUGUACGUGGUAAGGAAGCUCCUAAAUCAAUUUUAGAAGCAUCUGGGACCAUUUCUGAGCCAGAUCGCCGAAUCUCUAAGCGCUCUCGAAAGACAAAUUUUGGAAAUUCGAUAAAUCUGAAAGUUUCUGGGUCCACAUCAAUCUACCAGUUAAAAAUGAUGAUAUGGGAAUCCUUUGGGGUAAUUAAGGAAAACCAGAUACUUCACAAAGGUUCUACAGUAAUUGAUGGUGAAACUUCCACUCUUGCUGACAUGAAUAUAUUCCCUGGAGAUCUUCUUUGGGUGAAAGAUUCAGAGAUCCAUGAGUAUCGGGAUAUUGCAGAUGAGCUCUCUGACCAUAAAAUGGAGGUGCAACAGGCUGAGGAAGGGUUCCGGGGAACGCUUUUGACAUCAAAUAUCUCGUCCCAGGUUGUCUAAGAAGUAUGCUUUUGUCAAUAAGGGACUGCAUGUAACAUUCUACCUUUUGUAGUUAUAUGAUACUGGGAGAGGCAUCUAUUGAAGCUUCAAGUCAUUUUUUGAAGGUGUGAAUUGGGAUGGCUUGUCUUGGCAACGAUGCUGAUGAAUGUACAGCUUAUCAGUAAAAAUGUAUGGGUUAUUUCCUGGGGUUUGAUUGCUACCAGCUUGUUGCGGUCCCCCACUUCUCCAAUCAAGGAGUUGGUUUUCAGGUUGUUGGAUGCUUUGUAGAUUCCUUGAUAUGAUCUUCUUGACUUUUGUUCUGUGUAAUAGGCCUUCAUCUAGGCUGUUGAACUCCUUGACAUGAGGAGCUGCUUAUUUUUGUGAAACUAUCUAAUGCUGUUUUGCCAAUAGCUGCCCCUUCAAAAGUGGCUCAAAGAAAUCCUAGAUUUACUUCAUGCUGUGAAAUUUUUGUAUCUUGUUUUAAUUGAGAUUCAGCCUCCAA